AAGAAAUGGCUUUACUAGGAACACGAGUCGUCCGUGGACCAGACUGGGAAUGGCAAAACCAAGAUGGAGGAGAAGGACAUGUCGGAACCGUUGUUCAGAUCGGAAAGGACAAGAAAUCGCCAACCACAGCACAACUUGUGUGGGUUCAGUGGGACUGUGGGAUUAAAGCAAACUAUAGGGCGGGAUUUCACGGUAAACACGAUCUAAGGGUGUUUGAUAACGCCAUUGGAGGUACGUGUUAAAUAUUCAGGCUGUCGAAUAGCGAAAUCUUUCACUACGGUAAAAGCUUAAUGCAAUAAAACAUUAUUCAGUUACUACAACCCAUUCGAGAAGAGGAUUCUUUACAUUCUGACAUAUAGCCUUCCAUUAGUUGGGGUCCAUUUCCAAGAACAAGGAAGGAAGGCUUCUUUCCGUUGCCAUUUCACUUUCUCUAGCGGCGUCAUAUGACAUUGUUUAUGACGGAAGCGAAAAUGACGCAGAUGACUCGCAAGUUGUACCCAGUCUCUCCCUCCCGUUGUGUUUUCUGGAAAAAUUUUAAGGUAAAAAAAGAGACUUUUCACGCGUUAACACUUUUCCAGAUUUCACUGUAAACAGACAGAAGAAUUACUAUAAGUCCCGUUUAGACCAGUUUACCCUGGUCCGGACAAAUGUUAUCUGAACGGACGAAUUUUUUAUUUGUACAACCCGUUUACACGUAACCGUGCAAAUUCUGUUAUAAAAUGCAGCACUGUUUGCCGUUCAAAAACUUGUACGGUUCUGAGGAUUCCCUUCGUAAACGAAACGCAGAUCAUUGCAAGUUUUUGUCCCGUUGAAAAACGUUCAAAAAAUUUGUGUAAGUCACCUCUAGAAACGAGUCUGGUUUUCAGAAUUGGCGUUUUUGUUAAGCCAAGAGAGUAUUCUCUUGAUUCAGUGGAUUGCUAAUAGCGGAGCUCUCGCGCACUAAGCGCGCGCGGCGGAGCAUCCGAGAAAAUUUGGUAAUAACGUGAACCGUACACCGACCGACCGCCCGACUGACCGUCCGUUCGUCCGCACCAGAGGCAUACCAAUUGAAAAUAAUUCAGUCAACAGGUAUGGCAACCCAAAUGCAUUUCUAGACUAUUUUGGCGGAAAAUCACAUAGCCACCGGCGUCUUUAAAGCAGAGAUAACUAAAGAGUCAAGAAAGACGAAAACAGAAAGCGGAAAUUGUUUCUAUAUCCGUGAUGUCUAAAGUAUUAAGCUUAGAUUAAUUGUUAUGUCCACAAAUUUGGAAUAUAGAGCAAGAGAAAGACAGAGAAAAAAAGAAAGUUGGCGGCAGGCCAGCGAAGCUCAAUGAGAAACGGGAGGAUCUACAGCGAUAGAUUUGUUGGAAGUUUUGUUGGAAAACAACAUGAAAAUUUUGUAGGGGCGGUGACAAAAUGAGAAAUGCUAACGGCCACCAAUGCAAGGAGAGAAUGAGCGGCAGCGAAAAAAAGUGAACGAGAACACGUACGACAUUUCCUCCAUAAAAUUUCCAGAAACUUCUUAGUUACACUUUUCACGUUGUAGUCGCGCAAAACAACGGCAAAGAAAUGUACCAAAAAACUGUGCUGCAGGUGCAAAGUUGGUUUUUGCUAAUUAGACCUAUUGUUGUUUUUCACCGUCUCCGGCGUUGCCUUCGUCGCUUAGCAUUACACGAUUUUAUAUUUUGUUUGAACAAACUAUAAAUAUUAUCGAGAGCUUCGCUUUAGCCCUGGCUAAAUCUAUAUAUUAGGCCCAAUACUGUGUGAAGUUUUCGUCGGGAUGGAGAAAACUACUCCGCGAGUGGGUGCUCAAAAAUCGGUGUUCCACUGGCCACUGUACUGUAAGACGAACAGAACUUAAUGAUUUUGGAUUUCCUACCAUUAUAAUUAUUUGAUUGCACGUUCUCCUCUCCGAAACGUAUUUCUUUUGAUAGUGGUUUAUCUUGGAAAAAAAAAAAUUCGCCACAAUAUACUAAACAGGAAAAUUUUCCUAUUCAGCAGUUACAAGGUAAGUUAUUGUGUUUGUAACUUUCAUUUGCCUAGGUACAAAGCAUUUGCACGUGAUGUGCGAUGGCUGCCGGAAGGAUCCAAUAGCUGGAAUGCGCUGGCACUGUCUGACAUGUCCGAACUAUGAUCUCUGCACCACUUGCUAUAUGACAGAUAAGCACGACCUUCAACAUCGCUUCGAGCGCAUCAACAAGAGUCAUGGGAAGCGGUAAGCAUUCAUCCACUAGCUCCAACCCACCAGCAGCAGCUCCGACAUUCUCUUCUUCCAACAGACAUCCCAGCGGGAUUAGCAAUAAAUCCCACAUCCUUACUGGUGGUUGGAAAAUCAUGUAUAUUUUACCCAUGCAGAAGCUCUUUUUACGACUAGUCUUAACUCUUUCGUCUCCAAGGAAUGUAGUAGUUCGUGGGAAAUGUUGUCCCCAACAGAACUGCAGAUCCGCACGAGGUUAAUGGCCAUUUAAGUAUGCCGGCCGUUGGCAUACUUAACUGGCUAUUAACGCUGAGAGACUGAGGCAUGAAGUGACUGCGAGACAGUAACUAUUCCAUUCAAAUUGCACGAAAAUUGCAUUCAAAGUCAAACGCAACUAAAACAAAUCUUGAAAAGAACAAAUUUAAAUAAAAAUUGUAAAAAUUUUUCCCUUCGUUCUGAACAACUAGCAGUAACAUCAUAUCUCACCAGGCGCCUUAGGCAACAACGAUUCUAACAGUUCAUGAAUAAAUUAACGAACUAAUAAAUUAACUUUUGUUGUUAUUGGCUGGUUUGUACUGCUUGUGAAUAAUGCGACAGGGUGAACGUUGGAUCACGACAAGGAUCAGAUAAACAGGAAGCACGUGGGAUGUUUAAGGGAGCUAAAGUAAUCAGGGGAGCCGAUUGGGAGUGGAAGAAUCAAGAUGGAGGCGCCAGGUUGGAGGGCGAGGUCACUGAUGUCGCCAGCUGGGACGAUGACGAGUCUGCGAAAAAUGCUGUGCGAGUUAACUGGAAGGAAGGGCAAAGAAGCAAUAUUUACAGACUUGGAAAAGAUGGAAAAGUACUUCUAAUAUUCUUCCUGCUUAAUUUAAUGGUUUUUGACUGCAGGGCAAGGGUUAAUCUAAUGAUUGACAAAUUUUUGGUUGAAGGUCGAUCUUAAGUGUACCAUGGCUGUUAGUGGUGGAAGCUAUUACAAAGAUCAUCUACCAGUGCUGAAAGUAGAGUUGAAAAAGUCACAAAGUGGGCUUACAACUGGCGAUAAAGUCAUCAUACAGGUGUCUGAAGAGAAACUUCAGCAGUUAUGUGACGGUCACGGUGGUUGGAAUGCGGAUAUGAAAAUGGUUCGUAACUCAUAUCUGACCCUUUUCGUUCAACAUUUUAGCAGGUUGUGAUAUAUACUAAACCCAAGAAUUAAGACGGAAUACAUCAGGGGAUUGAGUAAUUUCAAUUUUCAGUGGACAAAAACCUUGUACCAGAAUAAUUUAACCAUUUUCGGAAGGCUAGGGUCGUAUACGACCCAUAUGAAAGAUGUUUACAUUCCUCCCUUGUCCCAUUUAGCUUUCAUUUUAAGUUAAUAAGCAACAAGGUCAGAAAAGAUAGAUCCUUCCAGCGAUACCUCGUUUUGGAUAUUUUGACCAAUCCUGACAGAGUUACACUCACGAAAUAAGGCAACAUUUAGGGGAAAAAAUCCACUGCCGCUUACAUACUACUCUUUGAAAAUUAAAUUUGUCCUUUUCCUAAAAAGUUAGCCAGCCACAAUUCCAUGCAAAGCAAAGACGAUAAAGUGGGCAACAAAACCAUCAAUAAAGAAGGAAAAGAAGGGGGAAAAAAAGCGAGAGAGAAAGAUCGAAAUAGAUUCGCAAAAGAAACAAAAGUCCAAAUUUUGGCUUUUGCGCAUGCGUUAAAAACAAUAAAGCUUUUUUUCAGGUUGGUCGGAAAGUAUGCCUUUUUUUCUCGCAAAACUCGUUUUUAGCCAUUGUUGUAUAGCCGAAAACCAGUCAAAAGAAGAGGAAUUGGAAUUGGCGCUCGCCGGCCCGGGCUAUAGAUAUAAUUAGUCUCUGUAAUAACACCAAAGACUAUGUCAGUCACAUGGGAGCCCGAGAAAUAACAAAUUUCACAAGAAUUUUGAAAUCACGCCAGGUAAAAUUCUGAAAAUUUCACGUGUAAGUUGUCAUUUUGUGAACUUUGACAUUUAUUUUCUCGGGCUCCCAUGAAAAUUUUCUUUGGUGUUGUUAGAGAUAACUAAAAUACAUCUAUAGCCCUUGAAAAAUGUAACAAAUAAUGCUGUAGUCUUUGAAUUAUUCUGGAACAAGCUUUUUGUCCAAUGAAAAUUAAUAUUAUUCAAUUUCCUAAUGGAUUCCGUCAUAAAUUUGUUGUCAACUGUUUCCCUUCUUUGUUGUGGUUUCAUUGUUUGUUGUCUGUCUCUCUUGUUUUGGUUUUGUUUGCUUGUUUGUUUGUUUUACACCAGAAAAAAAACAUUAUGUUGAUAUUAUACAGUCUCACCUCUCCUUACGGACACCUCUCUAUAACGGACAGUCCGUUUGAUCCCAGAAAUGCCAAAAAUCAUACCUCUAUAAUACGGACACCUCUGUAGAGCGGACGCUUGGUUCUAUCCCUUUGAUGUCCGUAUUAAAGAGAUUUGACUGUAAUUUUUCUGUGCACAUAGUUGAUUAAUACUGUUGUAACAUUGUCGUGUCGAUGUAAUUGUCUUUGAGUAAGGCAUGCAGUUGUGGUCCUAAAGAGUCCUAAAUGAGAUUCAGAAGUGGAACACGUAAUUUGGUAAUGGGUUAAUGGUAAUUUAAUCUCAGCGUUGACGAUUAAGCAUUUAGACAAUAAAGCACGGUAAUCUUAUUAACAUGCUUAACCCAUGUAUUAUCGAUACCUCUUCAAAUUAUAAAAGGGACCAACAAGAGCCGCCCCAUGUAACGAACUCCGGAUACGGGAAUCAGGGAAAUUAUUCCUUCUGGAAUCCGGGAUACGGAAUGCGGAAACUUUGCUUGUGGAAUCCGGAAAACGGCUCAGGAGAUUCGGAAUCCAACUAACGAUUGUAAUCCAGAAUCCAAGUUGUACUGACAGAGACUAGUAUCCAGUACCCGGAAUCCGGAAUCCAUAGCUUGAAACUCUAGAAUCAAGGACGGUAUUGGAUUUCCUUACAAGGGGAGAUAAUUAAGAGCUUCUUCAUUAAAUUAAGCGCAGUGGUACUUUAACUUUUAGAAAGUAUGUAAUAAUUAAUCAUCAUAUACAUGCACUUAUCGAGUCAGCCGCCAUUAACGUGUUCUUAGCUCAUUGCACUGAAUUCUCUUACAGUUUAUUAGGAAAGUCGGUGUCAUUCAAGAUUUCACUUCGAAUGGUGAUGUUCUGGUAGAAUAUCCUGAAAAAGUGUGGCGUUUUAAUCCUAUUAUUAAAAUCAAAAUCUACAUGGCGAUACGUUAAACCCUAUCAACCAGCCAGACCAAAAACGUGUCCUUAAAACUGGAACAGAAGAUUGCAUUUUUUGAUGAAUUCUUAGCCCAUAGGGAUCCACAGUUUUACGCUAAAAAGGAAACUAAUCUUAUUCUCGAUUCAUUCAAGCUCUGAUUUCAACGUUGAUAAGUAUGAAGAAUGGUGAUGUUCUGGUAGAAUUUCCUGAAAAGAGAUGACGUGUUAAUCCUGCUUAAUAGUUGUAUAAAUUUUCAAAACACCUCUGUAAAACGAAAAUCUUUGUUAUCGUUGUAAACAAUGUAUUGUUGGCCCAUUUAUCCCAUCCUAUCCAAUCCUUGAGCCCGUAAUUACAAUAGGAUAUUGCGAACACAUGUUGUUUUCACAAAAUAGUUCGGGCUCGAUUAAAAUUCGUAAAUAUUAACACGCUUCUCACUUGCAACACUUUCUUAACAGAUCCAGGAUUUCAAACGUGGAGAUGAAGUCAUAAUCAAAUCUGAAAAGAACUUGGUUAAAGAUCUCCAGGAGGGCCACGGAGGCUGGAACGAAGCAAUGAUCUCAGUAAGUCCCAGCUAUGUUACUUACUCAGCUUUGAUGUCAUUUCCUUUUGGAAAUAUAAUAAUUCUGCCAAUCAUAAAAUAUGACAAGUUUAUGCCAGUGUAACAUGCUUAAAACAGUGGCAGCCAUGUAAAACGAUGUGUUCAAAAACUCACGUCUUUAGAAUUACGUCACAUAUCCUUUCGAUAAAGAUUCACUCUGAGGGAAAAAUGAGGAAUUAUUGCGGGCGAAAGGAGGAGCCCGCAGUCCUUAUCUCCAUGUAGUUAUUACGCAUGCCUCCCAUGUAUGUAGCCAGCAUUCGUUUAGACUUCCACUAAGAAUGAAUGGAAUGCACAAAACGUUAUUGGAUCAUGAGCGUUUCGACCUCCUACCAUAAGUGAAACGUACGCAAAGCACAGCGUUGGACAAAGUGUUUGGACCUCCGAUCGUUGUCCCCCGCACCCCCUAACCUUUGGUCAUUACUAAUUGGGUUAAAAAUAUUCAAGAGAGCUGAAGAUGCAGGUCAAAGAUGAUCUUCAAAUGGCUUAACCUGGUAGUCCAGAAUAGACGACACCGGUAUAGCAUAAGUGAUUGCGGUCAUUAAAUUUGUUACUCAUCAGUUUUACAUCAUCCACUUUCGAACUUCGAGCAUCAUUAAAAACAAAGAAGCUGAAGAUUGCAGGAGGCCCGUACAAACAAUUUGAAGGGUUUCCAAACUUAAAGCCUCCUUCUAGCUGGCAGGAUUGUUAAAUCUGGGGUACACAAUUUGAUUCGUAGAGCCAUUCGGCCGUCAAAAAACUACAACACCCGCUUCGAAUCCUACCAGCUAUUCAGGCUGCAAUCUUGGACAAAAACUGUUUUGAAAAUUGCAUAAUUGAAAAGCCUUUUUCUAAACAUCGUAGCUAUACAGAUUUUUCCCUCUCCCCUCCCCUGGAAACAAUGUUGUUGUGUGUUGAAAAGAACGCCUGAUUCGUCGGCGUUUGUAGGAAGCAACAUUGAACUGGGGGAAGGGGAAUUCUUUCCGCAAAGCCGUUGUUUUGGAUAUAGUUUUGUUUCCUAUAGGACACUGUACAUGGUGGGAAAAGCGUUCUCAAGUAGUUUUGCUAGGGAUUUCAGAACGCUUGGUGCUGCUGAUUAUUGACUGCUAUUAGUUAAUAAGUAAUUCGAGUCGCCCUCGGUCGCGGGUCUCCAAUUACACAACGAUGCCUAAAGAGUUCUUCUGCUGCUUUAGAUUCUUGGUCGUACAGGUAAGGUCCUGGAGGUUGAUGGCACGGGUGACCUGGUUGUUUCAGUGGAAGGUGAUAAGUGGAUGCUGAAUCCUGCCGCAGUCACGUGUGUUACUGACCCAGAACCCGGUGAAAGGUCGCCUAGCGAAGAUGGAAGCAAUGAAGAUCCAUUAGGUAUAAUCAUGGAUAAUUUCGAUGUUGUUACGUUAUUAUUGCGAACGUGCAUUGCUCCGACUUGUACGCCCUAGUGACGAAUUUUAGCAUUGAGGCUAUUCUUAAGGAAAGUGACGAUCGUUGACAUACAAACAGGUUAUAGACACAUGUAGUGGCCAGUACCAUAGGUUUUUAGAAGUCAGAUGAGAAAGUUAAGACCAAAUAAAUUACACAGAUCAAAUGUACCCAACUGUCCCAUCCAGCAUAUUUCCGCCCAGGAUUUAUAGAUCACCUGUUAAAUUUCCCUGCAUUUAAGUGAACUCAUUCAUAACACUUUUACAAUAUGAACCACUUUUUCAAUUUUUCAGGUUUAUUUCGCCUUUUUAGGGAUUUUCUUGGUAUGCAUCACGCUUUUGAGCAAAUGGCGGAACACAGGGCCGUCAACCUUGUUAGCGCUUGCAAGUCCAACCAACUUUCCAGAGUCAAAGAAAUUCUUGAUGCCAAUCCAGAAAUGGUACUGUAACAUUAAUUAGACAGUUUGGGGUUUGGGCAAGAGACUGGGCCAGUAACAUGUCGAACUGCCUUAUGGGACUGUUUGUGGGAACGAAUCUCGACCCAGUUUUCCGUGCAACAUAGUGAUAGCCAAUCAGAGGAGUCCCAUGGUGCAAUUCGACAAAACAACAUUGCCGAUACAAGGCAUCAAUGGACGCACUUGCACUAAUUGAACUGACAGAGUGGUAGCUUGAUUUAUUGACCAAGAGAGAGUUAUUGGACAAAGAGGGAAACAACCAGUCUAGUCUAGGAUCUGUGAAUCUCAUGAAAGUUUUUCGGUUUUCGAGGAAAUCCACAAACAUUUAUUCAGUGUUGCCAAGAGAGAGUAAUGGGACAUGAUGCUCUCUUGAGGUGUUGCCAUUACAAUAUUCUACAUUGCUUGCUUUGGGGCAGUCGCGCAAGGUCUUGAUGACGUAUCUAAUAAUCGAUUAACCGUCGGACGCAAAGGCAAAGUCAUACCCCCAAAGUGGUACAAGGGGGACCCCCCGCCCCACCCCACCCCUGAGUUUUUGAUUUGUUGGAGUAAUUUGAAACGAUCGAUUUUGCCUUCAGUGGAAAGCCUUUGAUCUUCUCUACAACAUGAGGUAUAUUUUAUGGCGGUGGAUUGGAUCUUGGAUUUUAUUAAGAAUUAGAAAUCAAGUAAAACACUGACAAUUGAUAAUUUUUUGCGCUUAUCAUGAAAAAUAAGACAUAAGUAAUUACAUUGACUUUGCAUCACUUUAUCCACGAAAUUUAUUUUUAUUCCGGAUAGACGUUGGAAAAACGUACAUUUUCACUCAAAAAUGGCUUGACCACCAGCUACUUAUGACGUCAUAUCUCGCAACCAUAAUAACUAACCAUCACUAAACUUGUCUCAAAAUGCGUGCGAGGAAUGAACGAAGAGCUACAGAAAACUUCAGGUGCUGAUGUUUUAUCGUCUAAGAAAACAAAGCAGAAAAACCUUAGGGGGGUCCCCCACCCCCCUUAUAUGUCCGAGGGUUAAUAUGUACGGACGUCCUAAGAAUCAGAAUUCCGUUUAAUUACAACCUCUAACAAUAACUUUUAUUAGUGAAAUUCACAAACCCCGGCCAACGCCCUAAGUUUCUCUCUCCGUCUCAUUGUUCUCUCUUGUUGGCUGCUGGUUGAAGGAAGUCUGACAUUUAGCUAAUACUUAUGGUCAAAAAUCAUCCUCGGUUCUAUUACUUUACAACUACAAUUAACGACUCCCAACAGCGUAAAGUAGUGUUCGGCAUUCUAACUUCUCAUACUAAGAACACAAAUAUUUGUUGCUGUUUUAUUUUCGUUACUGGAGUAUAAGAAUGCCUUUUUUUUCCUCCGCAGAUUGACGAGGUACAAGGUGCACAUUCAGGGCUUCAAAUAGCAUGUCAUGAAGGCCAUUGUGACAUCAUCAGAGAGUUAAUCGACAGGGGAGCUAGUCGAGAAAUCCUGGUAAAGACAAAGAUAUGUAGAGCUUAGAAAUAGAAGGGUAUUUGCAAAUAUGAUUCAUUCGUGUAAUUUUACAUAUGUAAAUGCAAAUGAUUUUCUCAGUUAUGUUAUUUGUUUUUUUUUUUGUUUUUUUUUUCAUACAAUCUAUCUAAAGAAAAAAGCACUGGAUUACGCUCAAACCAUUAAUAUUCCAUAUCACCUAAAGCUUCUAACUCAAACUAUCGGCAAAUGUAAAUAAAAAACUGCGAGGAUUAUCUUAAGGGAUUCUUCAUGGACGCAGAAAUCGAGGUAAAGACGUUAACCAUAAUAAUAUAUGUAUCAAAAGAAACCAGCCUUUCAUAAGCACGCUAUGGAUGUCUUCAGAGAUCUUUUUCAUUAGAUUUCUCUUGUUUCAAUAAUAUAACAUUCUUUUCCUUUUUUUUCUUUCAAAUAUACAGGAUUCACAGGGAUAUACCGCUUUUCAUCACGCAACAUAUGGGUAAAUUUACUUCGUAGAUUUUCCAUAAACCAUUACAUGUUUUAUUACCGUCUCCAUCGAGCACUUUUUGCGUCCGCUAAGCUCAAAAAAUCACACUAGCAAAGGAAGAAGGAGAGAAUAAAAAAGAGCGAAGAACGAGGAUGAAGAAAGGGGGAGAAGAGAGAAAAGCAAUGAUUAGUUUUUAUGUCGGCUACUUUGGAGAUGUUUUGGCGGAGAAAAACAAAGAGAAAGAGGACCAUUUGGCGAUAACGUUUUCAAAAUUCGGGCUAGUUAUGUAAUCAUUUACCGUCCUUCUUUUUACAACAAAAUAUCUCCUAUGAAUGAGUGGUAAUUUUUUAAAGAAAAGCAAAUAACAUAUGGUAUUUCAACUUCAGGGAUAAAACUGGAGAAGCAUUGAAACUAUUGUUAGAGAAAGGCUUUGAUCCGAAUGUACAGAACAGUGACAACAAAAGUACCCCACUGCAUCUGGCUGUGAAAAACGACAAUGAUAUGGCGGUACGGAUCCUGGCACAGAGCCCUGAAUGUGAUGUUAAUCUCCAGGUACCAUAACUUCCAUAUAAUAUUUUGAAUAAGGGCAAAAAAGAUGUCUGUUUUUGAAAAGUAUGUAAUAUUUAUAUCUAACCAUUUACACCAUACUACGACGCCACACAAAAGCCUCGAGUGCAUUGUCCCAACAAUUACUUUGACGUUUGUGGGCACCAGGAUGGCCGAGUGGUUAAGGCGUUGGACUUAAGAUCCAAUGGAUGUGUUGUCCGCAUGGGUUCGAACCCCACUCCUGGUAAUUUUGUAAACAAUUUUAGCUAAGUAAGAGAGCAUGAAAAAAGAACAAGUAAGUUUUGAACAUUUUGUUAGUUAUUGUUUCUGUUGGCGUUGUUUUGUUUAGUUUUUGUUUGUUUAUUUGUUUGUUUUGUUUGUUUUUUUACUUGUUUUAUUAUUUUUAUUUUCAUUUGGAAAAUUAUAGUAAAUAUCGAUAUCGGUCUUUCGGUCUUAGGUCAAUACUACCUUUUUUCAAGAGAGAAAAAUGGGAUAAUGAGGGAUUCUAAGCAGGGCGUUGGCCGGGAUAUGUCAUUUCCCUAAAGUUAUUUUUAGAGGUCGUAAUUAAACGGAUUGCGAGGUCUGAUUCCUCUGACGUCCCCAACUUUUAAUCGAUUGUUAGAUACGUCAUCAAGUCCACGCGCGACUGCCUCAAAGCAAAAAAUGCAGAAAAUUGUAAAGGCGACUGUUGAAUAGGCCUUUUGCACGAUGGCGUCAUUUUACUACUACGACCAGAAUUCUUUUGUUCUUUCUUUUCAUAUUUAAAUUUGGUAGCUGCAGUGAGGUUUAAAUAACUAAAGCCCGAUUUGCACAAGAAAGCAAAACCCUGAAGGACCCUAGUCAUAGUAGUAAAGUGACGCCAUAAAUCAUGCAAAUGGCCUAUUCCCUCUUAAAAACGCUGAAUGUGGACCUCUCCGGAAACCAACUUUCGAUUAAUUCAAGCGUUUAAUUGGUUUUAGAAUACCUUUGGUCAAAUUCACAUAUCCAGAAACCAACUUCAAACAUCCCAAGGGCUAGACUGGAGGUUUCCCAGUUUUUACUUUACAGGGUACAGUAAAUGAAUAGACCCAGAAUUAAGGGCUUGGUGGGUAGGUGGAUGGAUAGUUAAAAAGAAUAACUGGAAUGGAUGGGAAAAUGAUGAAGGGGUGCAUGAAUGGGAAUAAUGAAGGAGUGCAGAGUACGUGGUAGCAACUGAGAUGACAAUGACUAGUGCGGUGGAAAUAUGAAAACUUAGCCCGUCCCAGGCUCGGGAUGACCUAAAGAAGCAAAAGGAGUGCGUAAAAAAAAUCAGUUUGACUAGGGAAGCGUAUGAUAAGGAGAACCCUUGCAUUCUUCAAGUGUGUAGCUAUUUACCCUCUACUACUACAAUUCUACUUAUUUUUAUUUUUUUUGUUUAUUUUAAUUUAUUUCAUUUUAAAGGACGAGGCUGGUGAUACUCCUCUAUAUGACGCCAUUGCCAGUGAAAAACACAACAUGGUAGACAUGCUGUUGAAUAACCCGAGGCUUUCAAUGACAGUGACUAAUAAAAGAGGCUUCAAUUAUCUCCAGUUUGCCGUCUUGAAAGGCAAUACAAGGUACGUGAUAAAAAUUCGACGAAGUAAAUACCCACUUCAAAAAUUGUAUUUCAUCGGAUAUCGAAAUGCUGAAAAGAAACGUAUCAAAAGCCGGAAGGCCGCCAGGAUGCUGAGUUCAUCAGAUAUCUUAAUACUAAAGAAGUAGUAUAACAAACACGAGUAGAAGUUUUUUUCUCUCCUACAAUCCAAACACUGAGGAAGUAUGUAUCACAAAUGAAAAGGAGUGUUUUAUUGGAUAUCUACGCACUGAGAAGCAAAGUAUAUCAAUCACAGAGGGAAUAUUUUAUAUGAUAUAUUCAAACACUGGGAAGUAAAACGAGAAGGAGUGAUGCAGCUGAUAUUCAAAUCUGGAGAAGGUCCAAACUUUAGGAAAAACGCCCACAAACAAGUUGCGCGCGUUACUAUAGUGUCAAGUGCGAUGUACAGUUUGUUCCAGUAACGGCGAAUACAGGGAAGCAGAAUAAUGUAGAUUUUAAAUACAUCCUUUUUGCUACAGAGCUGUGGAAAAGUUACUUGCAAAAGCGGGGGAUAUUCUGAAUGUUACCAAAAGCGAUGGUUUCACAACUCUUCAUAUUGCUGCAAUAAACGAUCAUCGUGAAAUAGCCAAGCUUCUCUUGCUACAGGUAAAUGUAGAUUGAAAGAGGAUUGUUCCAUCAGCGUAAGGGCGUCCCCGACUAGUUGUAUCAGGCGUAUGCGCAAUUUCCUGGGUUGGCCUGUGGCCCAACAUUUCAACUCCACUGGCCACAGUAUUUCUGAUGUCCAGGUGCGUGGGUGUGGCAUUAUGCAGUGUUACUAACAUUCAGCGAAGGCAACGUGAGAUGCAGUUGAGUUUUCAAACAGGCACCGUUCAGCCGAAAGGACCGAAUAUCAAUUUCAGUUUCAUUUGAAUUGGGACGUUAUAUACAUCCUGAGUGCACAAUUACGCGUGCGCCUGCUUCGAUCAUUUUUAUGAUGUCUAUGAUAUUGCGUGGUACUGUACAACGGUUUUUUCUCACACUGAAGAAGGGUCAUAAACCCGAAACGUUUGUGUUUUUUUGAAAACAUUUGACACUUUUCGAUAUUUCUUUACCGAGUAUCACCUUAUCAGCUGCUACGCAAUUUGUAGCUUGCGUAGGCCAAUGCGCAUGCGUAAAAGGGAAGGACAAGGGUAAAGGAAGAGGCAAACUGACCUUUCAGCUAUAAAAAGAAAUGCAGAAGUGCAGGAUGCAGGAUCGUUUGCCCUAAGUUUGCAAUACCCGCAUGGAUAGAUUAGCUUUUAACCUGAUUGUACAUGCGGCCCAGUGCUGUUUGUUAUAUUUUGCACUUGUGAUAUUAUAAGUAAACUUUCAAAAAAAAACUUGCGAGUGAAUGUUGCAUUUUGCUCUGACAUUUUCAGUUUUCUUUAUCAGCCAGGAUGCCGUGUCGAUGCUCCGACUGUGGAAAAUCAGACAGCUCUUCAUUUAGCAGCAAGUGAAGGUUACUCAGUCAUGUGCGAAAUUCUCCUGGACUUUGGCGCAUGCGUCAAUGCAAAGGACAAUGACAACGAUACACCGCUGCAUAUCACCCUGGCAAAGGAAACAAUCUUCAAAGGCACCAUCGGUCAACUGGUGAGUUGAUCAGCUCGUAACUGAGGGUGAUAGCGGGUUAAGUUUCAAACGGCUGCCUUUUUUUCGUCUCGUCGAACGUACGAAAGCCUGCGCUAACACAGGAAACAGCUUUUAUUACUUUUUAUAUAGGUUAAAAAAGACGCACCAAAUAGAUAAUAGGGCCUUUAAGAUCCAACGACGUAGACGGCAACAAGAAGUUCAAAAAAAGCAAAAGUUUUAAUAAGCAAAACAACAACUUUGCACGUACAUCACGCUUUUUUGUACAUUUCUUUCCUGUUUUUGCACGACUUCGACGUGAAAAUGCCUAAUGUCGCGUUUUAAGGAAGGCAUAAACAAGCAACGAUCAAAUUUCAUUUCUCUUCCUGAGCUUGAAUAUGGUCACUUAAAAUUCAGCUUCAGGAGGGUUCACCUACGUUUGACAAAUUAAGUGGGUAGGAAUAAUCGCUGUUACGACUAAAAGAACGCAAAUUCACUUUUUAAGCGACGUUGUCGUUGCCGUAGCGUCGUUGGAUCUUAACGUCCCUAAUAUAGUCUCAGUCACGCUUUCAGUCAUAUAAAAUAUGAUUAUCCUUAUUUUCACAGUCUGCACUUCACUUGCUAUUAAGGGGAAGAAACAGUGUAAGUUAUGCGGCCGUCUCACGUUGUUUGUUAAGUUAUGGUGCCGAUGUGCUUCAAGCGAAUAAGAAUGGAGAAACACCACUGGACAGAUGUGAUGGGACAGAAGUCGAACAGCUUAUCCGUGAAAUCGCAAACUCGGCAGGGUAACGUUGUUUUAUUUUGUUUUAAUUUACCUUUUGUGAUAGACUUUUUUUUUGUUUUCAUUCAUUCAUUCAUCCAUUCAUUUGUUCUUUACUUAAUUUUUAUUUCUUUACUUAUUUUAUUUAAUAGUAAAGUCAAGCUCUUCAUAGGUAAUGUUAACACAAACAGCAGCGACUCAUCGAAAAUUUAAUCCGAGAACAACAAGAACAACAAGUUUAUUCAGUAUUACCAUUUUGUACGGGUGUUACCGAUUAAAAUAACAAUAAACUGCUAAAUUUAAGGAAAUGAAGAUAUAAUGGAAUGGUAGAAUUAACUAUGUUUCUUUCGUCUUUCAAAUGCUUGAAACAUGAAAUUAGCAACUAGCCUGCUGAUAUGUGAAUCAGUAUUGUUAAAAAGAAAACAGACUUUAUCAUGGAUAUUGUAAUUUGUAAAUAAUGUAUUUCGGUCGUUGAUUUUAAUAAAAAGAGUCUUUCUCAAAUCAUUACAGUGAUCACAGUGAAAUAAUAUGUGCAGUUCAUUUUCAAUUUUCAGCGGAUACCCUUUUUGACAGCUGUCAAUUGACCAUAAGGAUGUCCACUAUCAAGUUAAACACAGAUUGUAUAUGCCUCGGACACCUAGCUAGUAAUGCCCGGUUAUUACAAGAAAACAGCGAAUAAGAGCGCGCGUACAAUUGUAGCCAUAUAAUAAAAUGAAUUUAUAUUUUAAUGACAUGCUUCUUUAAAUCUCAUGUGGACAUAGCUUCAAUUACGUCAUUUACUGCAAACAUUCUCUAAGCUUUGAUAUACAAAAAGAAUGGUAUUUCAGCGGCAGUUUUGAACCAAGUACCACUAUAAUUUCAUAACACUAAACAUAAGAACUUUGUUCAAUUCUUGUUUUGAACGCCAUUGCUUGUACUGGAAGAGUUUAAAGUAAACAAAAAUUUACCAGGAGUGGGGUUCGAACCCACGCGGACAACACGUCCAUUGGAUCUUAAGUCCAACGCCUUAACCACUCGGCCAUCCUGGUGCUUACGUGGUGAGUGGUUUCUUAUCAACUCUAACUAUCUAUGUACACGAUCGAGACUGAGAAGAUUUAAAGUAAAAAAAAUACCAGGAGUGGGGUUCGAACCCACGCGGACUACACGUCCAUUGGAUCUUAAGUCCAACGCCUUAACCACUCGGCCAUCCUGGUGCUUACGUGGCGAAUGGUUUCUUAUCAACUCUAUCUAUCUAUGUACACGAUCAAGACUGAGAAGAAUUUAAAGUAAAAAAAAUACCAGGAGUGGGGUUCGAACCCACGCGGACUACACGUCCAUUGGAUCUUAAGUCCAACGCCUUAACCACUCGGCCAUCCUGGUGCUUACGUGGCGAGUGGUUUCUUAUCAACUCUAACUAUUUAUGUACACGCUGAGAAGAAUUUAAAGAAAAUAAAAAAAUUUCCAGGAGUGGGGUUCGAACCCACGCGGACUACACGUCCAUUGGGGGUUCGAACUUAACCACUCGGCCAUCCUGGUGCUUACGUGGCGAGUGGUUUCAUCAAUCAACUAUUUAUGUGACGGGAAAAUUUAAAGAAAAAAAAAUAUUUCCUUAGGGGUUCGAAACGCCACGUUACACGAUCAAGACUGGUGGGAAAACGAAGCAUUAGAAUAUUCCUUAGUGUUCGAAACUUUGCCAGGUUAAAAUGAUUAUAUGCCCUAAUCAUUGGGUAAUGAAUUUUCUGCCCUUUCCAGAAAUGCACAAGUUAAAAAAGUUCCAAGUUUUGGUGGCACCAAGGUUACAAACCCAGAGCAAAACGUAUCUCAGGUUUCAAGUCGCCCUGGCUCAGCGUCCACGGGGAUGGAGGCUCAAGGACGGGCACCUUCAGAAAGAGAUGACCAGAACGUUGUUCAGGAUGAAGAAUGCAGUGAUACAGGCCACCAAAGCCCAGGCAGCGCAAUGCUAAAAGAUGAUGAAGAUGAAGAUGUGAACAUGCAAGAAACAGAAGAAGGAGAAGAAAAUUUGGAAGAAGAACCUCUAGAAAACAACCUUCUGGACAAUACCAUGAAGCAAAUUCAGGUAACAAGUACAAAAUUAUACUUAUAUAAAUGAAUCCUUUGCUCGCAAUAAAUCCAGUUGAAGCUGGUGUGCGACAAAAUAUGAUACCAGUCUUCAAGUAUGCGGUCUGCGUUUGUCGCAUACCGAACUGGAGAAGGUUUUGCGUGGCCUUGAUUUAAAGUAUCUUUACUCUUAAGAUGGUCUGGUGGAGACGUAGAAGUAAUUAUCUUACGGCAUGAAAGGUAAUCGAAGACAGUAAAGAUUAAUUAAUUAAAGAUUAAUUCUAGAUUCCACGCUAUGAAUUCCAGAUACCAGGUACUGGAUUUGGGAUUCCAAUCGUUAUCGGGAUUCUGGACUCCUUGAGCUGAAUUCCGGAUUCUAAAGUCAAGGAUUCCUGAGUCCACAGGCAAAAAUUCGGCAGAUUCCGGAAUCUGGAUUCCCUUGCAUGGGGUGAAGUCGUCACUUAUUGAGUCCAUUUUGUAUGAAUGAAUAUCAAAAUCUAGAAGUGUCAGAAUUGUUUCUUUUGAAACCAAAGAAAGCAUCAUAUAUGUUGUGUGGCCAUUAACAUAGAGAAAAUCGGCGUUCUUUGGUUCAGAUCUCUUAACUGUCUUCUGAAACUUUCCCACCAUGAGUUUCCAACGAGUUUUCCAAACGUGCAUUUUGUUUUGUUCAUUGUUUCUGUAGGAGAAUAUUGUUCUGGAAGUCACAAAUCAAGUGCCACAAGAAUCUUUCACCGCGGAAUUCUCAAACAGCAGCUCAGAUGUAGCCGUUCAAGUGAAGGAGAUGAACAAUGGAGAAUUAGUGAAUGAUAGCGGUGCGGAUCAGGAAUUUGGAGAAGGGGAACAAGAGCCUAACCAAACAAACAGGCAGAGAGAAUCACAAACAAUUGUAGAAAAUACUGAAAACGAGGUACAAAAAGAGAUAGAAGGCAAAGAAGAGAAACCAAAGUGCUACAUCUGUGAGGAGAAUGAAGCUGAAGUGGCGUUUAAGCCCUGUGGCCACACUGUUGUAUGCACAGGUAACUAGAAAAAAAGUCUCGAAAACCUUCAUGAGUACUAACCGUGAGGAUCAGGGCCUCCCAAGCAAGUUAAGCCCUGUCUGGCGGGGUUAUAAACUGGAUGGGUGAUGUUCGUCGCAUUAAUAAUGUUAUUAAUUUAUUUCCCACAUUUGAUGAUGUCGGUAAUGCUGACAUCAUGUUGUUGUUGACGGCCAUCGUCUCCACUGGAAUUAAUACACGUGCUCCGCAUUGCCAGAAAUUAGGGACAAGAUGGCGGUUGCGCGUGCGCACCAAGGCCACAAUGGCUGCGAAUUCGUGUAAGAAAAUGUAUGGAGAAAAGGAAACUUUUUCAAAUAUAUCGAUUAUGAGCUCACGGGUGUUCGGUGCACGACUCGAAACAUGUUAAGUGCUGUGCAACCUUCGCAUCUGGGUUAAAAAUAGCUAAUUAGAAGUAGGUUUACUUACUUCCCGAAGUGGCCACUUUUAUCUCUCGUUGUACGCUCCAUUUCUCCAUACAUUGUCUUAAAAUCUUGCCGAGGUCAUGCUUAAUACUCGUCGAUUAGAGGAUAAAGCCUUCACUGAAGUAAAUUUGCACGACUCGAUAUCACUUCUGCGAUAGAAGAUGUUUCCAAAACAGUCGUUAAAAGGACGAUUUUUGCACUGGAAAAUACUUCCAAAGGCGCAUUAUUUCCCGCAGUUUUCCUUCUGUAGUCAAGUAAUGGACGCCAUGGUUGCGAAUGACUUAUUUCGGUCGGACAAAGCUUCACAACUCCAAACCUCACCGAAUCGCCAUUUUGGUUGUUGCUACAACUCCAGAGAUGCUUCACGGGAUAUAAACUAGGUUCCAGCCAUUCAAAAAUCCUCGAUUAGCCUACCAGGCUUGGUUUUAAAACAAAAUUGUCACGAAAAUGUCACGAAAAUGUCACGAAAGGUACCGCCGCGUACUGUUUUGUUGCUAUCAGCCGCUCGGCCGAGUAUAAACCUAACAUUUUCUUGCAAGGUGUUUCAUUCCAGCGUUUUUCUUCGUAAAACAGAUCCACAGAGCUCAAAUUAUCUAAAAAAAUCGCAGGGGAUACGCUUUCCCUGACUACGAUCGUUUUUGUCCGCCAUUUUGGAAAUGAGAUUCCGCUGACAAUUAAUCACGGGCGCGAAAUGUCCACUAUUUCUGGCAAUGGGGGCAGAUAACAGUUCCUUCUACAUGUUGUUUUAACAUUGGAUGACUAAAUUGAUUUUUGUACAUGUCUACUAGAAUGUGCAUCUCGACUAAAGCGAUGCUUGGAGUGCCGCGCAGAAAUAACAGGGAAAGCAACAAGAGGUAUGCAUGGUUAAAUUCAUUAUCAUUAUUUUCUUAGCAGAACCAUUCUUGUACCUGUAUACUAAACGCGGAUUAUUAUACGUUUGUGUGAAACUGCCCACCUACCCUUCCCUUAAGCCAACAUUUUGCCCUAAGUGAGAAGUAAGUGUUAAUGUUCGCUUAAGGGAGGGGUAGAUAGGCAGUUUCGCAGAAACGUUUUAUGAUCCUUAGCGCAAUGAUACACUAGCGCUUCGCCCCAUGUAAGGUAGUCCGGAUUCAGGAGUCCCCGAAAUUUAUGAUCCUGGAAUUCGAAAUCCUUAGUUUUGGAAUCUGGAAUCCUACUGACGUUUACAAUCUGGAAUCCAAGUCAGGGGUUUCAAUAGGCACCGACGACUGACGAAACAUGUCGGCUACUUUGCUCAGAGAAGUCGGCUUUUUGUCAAAAAGAAGAAGCAGCCAAGUAGUUUUCAUAAUGUCCUAAACAAAAAAGGUACAGUCAUAAAAUCUGAAUGAAACGUAAUUAUGAAGUGUUUUCAUAAAAGUCCACUUGUCGUACAUUAUGCUUUAGUUAUAUGAACGCUGUAUUUCAGUCCGCAAUUUUUCUUUUUAGGUUUAAGUAGAAUUUUUUCAUCUACAAAUGUAUGCAAUUAAGUUAUCGUCAUUUGAUCGUUGCUUGCGGGAGUUGCUUGUGUGGCUGAUAAAACUUUGGGGGAACAAGCUAGGGUGGCGUAGUGGUGAGGGCACUCGCCUCCCGCCAAUGUGGCCCGGGUUCAAAUCCUGGCGUCGACGCCAUAUGUGGGUUGAGUCUGUUGUUGGUUCUCUCCCUUGCUCCGAGAAGUUUUUCUCCGGGUAGUCCGGUUUUCCCCUCUCCUCAAAAACCAACACUUCCAAAUUCCAAUUCGAUCUGGAACACACGGACACGUUUAAACGAGUUCAUAUAAACUCUUAAGUGCUUCAUGUUCCUCGCAUCAAUAAUGUUAUUAAUUUAUCUCCCACGUUUGAUGAUGUCGGUAAUGCUGACAUCAUGUUGUUGUUGACGGCCAUCGUCUCCACUGGAAUAAGUCUAAUCGUGAGGAUUAGGGCCUCCCAAGCAAGUUAAGCCCUGUCUGGCGGGGUUAUAAACUGAACACUGGAAAUCGCAUUGUUGGGCUUUGAAAUUUCAACAUUUUGUGGAGAAGCACUUUUAACUAAAACCAAGUUAUCCUCUCUUGCUAAAACCCAUCACUGCUGUGCAUCCUAUUUUAGCCUAAGAAAACAGCCGAUACUCGACGAUGCCACCACUGCUUUUUCUGCGAAAUCACGUCAGAGAAAACGAGCGCAGAAAUUCCAUACUGAUGUCGAGUCGCUACCCAGAUCUGGAUAAUGCUUCUGAUUGGUCGUGAGAAAUUUGCUUCAAACCGGUACUGGCCUCGCGAAAUGUCGGCUGUUUCUUAGGCUAAUCCGACGCGCCUUUUUAAGAAUAACCUUAUUUCGCUGGAUAGUCCUGGUUAUAUAGGGGCAUUCUCCUCACGACUUAACUGAUCUCGGCAGCCAGUUCUGGCAAAUGGUAAGCGCCCUUUGUCAAGAUUGGUUUGAACCUGAUCAAUUGUAAAAUAUUCCUAAGAUAUUGAAGUCCUCAUGACUAUGUACUAUCUGAGUGAAAGGAAAACUUCUUGCCGUAUAGACCUCUUUUACAAAGGCGGCCUAUUGAUAUAUUAUUUUUAAAUGUAUGAUAAUUAGCCUUUCUGACCUCGUUUGAAAGUAAGAAUUUUUUUGUGUUUUGCACAUGCUAACGAGGUCAGAUAGGUUAAUUAUCAUAAAUAUAAAAGAAUAUAUUAAUUAAUGGGCCGCCAUUAUGAGAGUGGUUUAUAUUCUAAGUUGACUAUCAUCCAUUUUCUCCAUUAACUGCUUCGGCAUCGGCAAGAAGCAGCAAGUUAAUGAAUUAUUUUUAUUUUUCCUGAUAUUAGAUGGCACACCAAUAAUCGGAAUCAACGACAAAUCACUUACAGCAAAAUACCAGUUGCUGGAAAGAAAGAUGCGGAAAUUGGAGGAGGCUUUUGUGUGCUGCAUUUGCGUCGAGAGAAAAAAGAAUGUUAUUUUCCUUUGCGGACACGGGACGUGUCACAGCUGUGCGGAGCAGCUUAAAACUUGCCCCAUUUGUCAAAAGCCAAUUGAAAAGAAAAUACCAACGUACUAA